AUGAAUGAAGUUGAAUCAUCAAAUAAGAUUUCAAUUGAAAAACCAUUUCAAAAAAAUAAAAAGAAAGAUUUAGUAGUAUCAAAUGAAGAGAGUGUCUCCAAUGAUGUUAGACGACUUCUAAGUAUUAUGAAUGAAGCAGAAAAAGAUAUUAAACAGUCAAAUGAAAAAUUAAUUAAAGAUUCAUUAUCAACAUUUGUAUCAAUUUGGAGAGCAAAAGGAAAAUAUUCUGAGGUUGCCUUUGAAGGUUUAUUAGUUAUACUUGAAUUAUGCUUACAAAACAAUAAUGAAAAUCAACAUAUUUUUAAUUCAUUAAUUGAAACUUUAGGCUACCAUUCUGUUCAAUUCUGGAAAUCUGCAAUACCUAUUGUUUUUAAUUCUGAUUUAACAUAUGGUUCAAAAUAUCGUGAUGCAUUGUUAUUUAAUUUAACAUUAUUUGAUGUUAAUUUUGGUAAGAGUAAAUUGAAAGAACUUUUUGCUGCUGAUAGAUAUAUUCAAAAAAGUCUUCUUGGUGUUAAUGCAAAACGAUUUAGUGAACAAUAUCAUAGUUUACAACGAAGAAGAAGUAAAAGUUCAUUAAUACAAUCAGAAGAUUCAUUAUCUGAAAUGAGUGAAGAUGAAACAGAAGCUAACGCAAAGAAUGUUAAAGAAAGACAGGCACGCCGUCGACGUUCAAUAAAUAUAAAUUCAUCAACAGAAUCUCUUGAUAAACAUUGUGAUAGUGGUGAUGAUACUAAUAAUAUUAAUACAACUUUUUCAACUGGAGGUUUAACAUCACAAUAUUUAAAAAAAAGAGUAAUUAAUGUUUCAAAUGCACCUCCUGUAUCAUUAAAAAAAGAAAAAACAGGUGAAUGGGAAAUAAAACAAGGUAGUGGUGGUUUAGUUUCAUGUGUUGAUCCUGUUAUGUCAAAAGAUCACGAAAAUAUGUGGCUUGCUAAUUUAGGAAUGAAUAUUAAUAAAAAAAAUAAUCAAAUAGAUUAUAAUAAAAAAGGUCAUAUUGUUGAUAAUUCACCAACAACAAAUACAUUAGGAUUACCAUUGAUACGACAACAAUUAGCUGAUGUAUUAUUUCAUGUACUUGCUGAUGAUGAAGAAGUAGAAGAUGCUUGUGGUAAAGAAAAAGGUAUGAAAGAUGAUUUAUCACUUCUUGGUGUUUUAAAUAAUUAUAAUAAAGCAAAUUAUAAAUUAAAUCCAGUUAUUGUUCAAGAAGAUGACUAUAAUGUUUAUUAUGGUGGAAUAAGUAAUGGAUUAAUUUGGCCAGCAUUCCAUAAUUUAGAGGAAUAUAUUGUAAAAACAUAUGAUGAUCCAACAAUUUUAAAUGAUCAUUGGUGCGCAUAUGUACGUGUUAAUUAUCAAUUUGCUAUUGAUGCUGUUAGAAAUAGUAGACCACAAGAUUUUAUUUGGAUACAUGAUUAUCAUCUUAUGCUUACUGGUUUAAUAAUGCAAAAUCUUGAUCCAAAUCUUGAAGUUGGUUUUUUUUUACAUAUCCCAUUUCAACCAACAAAUGAUUUUUUUACAAAAUAUAAAAUUUGUAGUUUACCUGUAUUACGUGGUUUAUUAAAAUUUUCAAAAGUUGGUUUUCAAACACAUCGUGAUAGAGCAUCAUUUAUUGAUUAUAUUAAAAAAUAUCUUACAUCAGCUCAAAUUUCAUUUGAUAUAAAAACUGAUACAUACACAAUAACACAUGAAGGAACAAUUGCAUCAUUAGGAGUAUUUCCUGUUAGUAUUAAAAAUGAAGAUUUUUUAAAAAUUGCUAACAACCCAGAAACAAUAGAAAAAUCUAUUGAAAAAAGAAAAUUAAUAAUGGGUGAAAAUCCUCCUAAAGAUGGAAAUUUAAUAUUUUCUGUGGAAAGAUUUGAUUAUACUAAAGGAAUAAAAGAAAAAUUAAAUGCAUGGAUGCAUUAUUUUAAAAAAUAUCCUAAUAGAAUUGGUAAAGAUGUUCUUCUUCAGGUUGCUGUAACUAAUAGAAGAUCAGUUGAUACAUAUAGAAUAUAUCAAGAUGAAUGUCUUGAAAUUGCUGAAUUAAUUAAUGCAACAUAUAAAUGUAACGAAUAUCCAAAUUGGAAACCAUUAAUAUUAUCAACUGAUGGAUUAUCAAGAAAUGAAUUAGUUGCUACAUAUCUUGCUAUGGAUAUAGGACUUGUAACACCAAAAAAAGAUGGAAUGAAUUUAGUUGUUAAAGAAAUGCUUGUUUGUAAUCAAAAUGCUGGUUUAGUUAUAUCAACAGGUGCUGGAAGUGAAAUACAAUUUACAAAUGCUGGUUUAUAUAGUGAUGAAGAAAAAACAUAUAAAAGAAUUGUAAAUCUUUUUGAUGUUGAUGAAUUUGCUGAAGCUAUAUAUAAUGCAGCAAUUGAAAGUAAAGAAACACGUUCAAAACAUGGAAAAAAAUUGAAUGAAUUUAUUUUAGCUAAUGAUAUUGAAAGAUGGAGUACAUCAUUUUUAGAUCCUGCUUGGUCACAUCAAGUAAUUAAACUUACUGAUAUUAAAACAUUAGAUGAUUUUUAUAAAUUAAUGAUGAGAACAAGAGAUAUUAGAAGACAAAUUGUUGAAAGAGUCUUAAAAGGAAUUCCUAUUAGUGAUCAUUUUUCAAUAUCAUUAAUAAAUGCAAAAGAAUCAUUAUUGCAUGCUUGUAAACCUGGAACAACCCAAAUUACUCUUCAAACUGAUGGAAAAGAAAAUACAAAUGCUCAAUUAGAUAUUGCAAUUGAAAUUAAGGAAUUUGAAAGAGAUAUAAGUUUCUUAGAAUUUGCUUUAAGUGAUGAUGUUUAUAAUGUUGAACAAUUUAUAGAUAGUUUAAAAAGUUCUCAUACAGAAGGUUCAGAACAAUUCCGUCAAGAAGUAGUUAAUGUUGCUGAUCUUUUUUAUGAUGCAGAUCAUUUUGAAUAUUUUUUUACUGAUCGUGAUGGUACAUUAAAAUCAUAUAGUUGUACUUAUCAAGGUAGUGUACAACCAGCAUAUUCUGGAGUUAUUCAAGCUCAAUUUGCUCGAAGAUGUGCUCAGACAUGUUGUAUUGUAACAACUUCACCAAUGUUACAAAUUGGUGUUUUAGAUGUUUCAACAAUUCCUGAAGGUUAUUAUUAUUUUGGAGCAUCUGUUGGUAGAGAUUGGUAUUUAGAUCCAAGUCAUAAAUUUAGAGAUACUACAAUAUCACCUAAUGAUCUUCAUCUUUUAGAUGUCAUAUUUGAUGAUAUCAAUAAAAUGCUUUUAGAAACAAAAUGGAGACGUUUUACAUGGAUAGGAUCAGGUUUACAAAAACAUUAUGGACAUAUUACUUUAGCACAUCAAGAUGUUUAUAAUACAGUUGAAAAAGAAGAAGUUAUACUUUUAGAUAAAGAAAUUAAAAAUAUUGUUAAAAAACAUGAUUCAUCUGGGGAACAUAUUAUGAUAAAAUUAACUGAUACUGAUAUUAAAAUAUUUUUAAAGACAUCCUCAACAGGAAAAAUAUUUACGAAAGGGGAUGGUAUAACACUUUUCGCAAAAAAAAUGGGUUUCGAUUUAACUAAAGGGCGUAUCCUUGUUUGUGGAGAUUCAGAAAGUGAUAUUCCAAUGCUUGAAACAUGUUUAAAAUUAAAUAAUGAAAAUGUUUUUACUGUUUGGGUUUCUACUAAUAAUGAAUUAAAAGUAAAAGUUGGUGAACUUUGUAGACAAUAUAAUAACAAUAAUUAUUCUUUUGUUUCUUGCCCUGAGGUACUUCUUGGAGCUAUGGCUCAGGCAACAAUAAGGGAAAUAAAUAUUAAUAGAUCGAAUGCUCAUUAA